AUGGCAACUGCCGCAGCAGACCAAGCGGCCGAGUAUACACUCAAGGAUGUCGCCUCCCACAAGUCAGCCAAUGAUGCGUGGAUGGUGAUUCACGGGCAGGUCUACGACGUCACAAAAUACAUACACGACCACCCGGGCGGUGCCGAAGUCCUCGUCGAGGCCGCGGGCACAGACGCCAGCGAGGCCUUCGACUCGGCCGGCCACUCGGAGGAUGCCUUUGAGAUCAUGGCCGAGUUCCGCGUCGGCAAGGCCAAGGGCGGCAGCACCAAGAAGCCGGCUGCCAAGGUUGUCCGUAUCGCCAGCGUCCCACCGCCGGCCCCUUCGAGCGCGGGUUCGGCAGCCACCAGUCCGAAGCAGCUCGCUGCGGCGGCAUCCGCUGUGACCUUGGGUGCUGUGGCGUUGUACCAUGCCACCGGGGUCGUCUCGCGGUUGGACGAGCGUCACUUCGUCUCCCAGCUCAUCCGUCACAUCACAAGAUAUCUCCCCCAGCUGAAGCUCACAUCGACAGAGCGUCGCGGAGGCCUGGGCUUCAUUCAGGGCUUCGCACUGGCGGCCGGCAUUGUCGCCGUCGCAGGCACAGUCGCGAUGAGACGGUUCUCCAAGCUGCUGAGCUUCGGGAACGGACUCACCCAGUUCCCGCCUCACAUGAAGGCGUCGACGCUGCCCAAGCCCGAUCCCCUCCUCCAGCGCGGCUGGCUCGACCCGGUUCACUGGCAGUCUUUACCUCUGGCAAAGAAGGAGCUCCUCGCGCCAAGCGUGUACCGGCUGACGUUCACGCUCCCGACACCGACCACGGUGCUGGGCCUGCCGACCGGACAGCACGUCUCCAUCCGUGCCGAGAUGGACGGCAAGAGCGUCUCGCGGUCCUACACGCCCGUGUCCAACAACUCGGACCUCGGCGUGCUGGUCCUCGUCGUGCGCUGCUACCCGGACGGCCUCCUGACGGGCCGGUACCUGGCAAAUCUCGAGGUCGGCGACGAGGUGCAGUUCCGCGGGCCCAAGGGCGCCAUGCGCUACCACCGCAACUCGUGCAAGCGCAUCGGCAUGCUGGCGGGCGGCACCGGCAUCACGCCCAUGUUCCAGCUGAUCCGGGCCAUCUGCGAGGACAGGUGGGACACCACCGAGGUGAGCCUCGUCUACGCCUGCAGGAAUGAGGGCGACAUCCUGCUGCGCAAGGAGCUCGAGGCCUUUGCCAGGAAAUACCCCCAGAACCUCAAGGUGCAUUACCUGCUAGACGAGGCGCCGGCCGAGUGGAAAUACGGCGUCGGCCACGUCACGGCCGAUAUCAUCGCUGAGCGUUUCCCACAGCCGGCGCCGGGGGCCAAGAUCAUGAUCUGUGGCCCGCCUGGCAUGGCCUCGGCUUUGAGCAGCCAGGGGCGAUUUCCAAGAUGGAUGAUCAAGUAUUCUGCUUUUAAUGGGGCGAGAUCCUUCCUCAGUGUCAGCAGUCUCUUCUUGCACCUUUUUGUGGUCGACCAAGCGGCCGAGUAUACACUCAAGGAUGUCGCCUCCCACAAGUCAGCCAAUGAUGCGUGGAUGGUGAUUCACGGGCAGGUCUACGACGUCACAAAAUACAUACACGACCACCCGGGCGGUGCCGAAGUCCUCGUCGAGGCCGCGGGCACAGACGCCAGCGAGGCCUUCGACUCGGCCGGCCACUCGGAGGAUGCCUUUGAGAUCAUGGCCGAGUUCCGCGUCGGCAAGGCCAAGGGCGGCAGCACCAAGAAGCCGGCUGCCAAGGUUGUCCGUAUCGCCAGCGUCCCACCGCCGGCCCCUUCGAGCGCGGGUUCGGCAGCCACCAGUCCGAAGCAGCUCGCUGCGGCGGCAUCCGCUGUGACCUUGGGUGCUGUGGCGUUGUACCAUGCCACCGGGGUCGUCUCGCGGUUGGACGAGCGUCACUUCGUCUCCCAGCUCAUCCGUCACAUCACAAGAUAUCUCCCCCAGCUGAAGCUCACAUCGACAGAGCGUCGCGGAGGCCUGGGCUUCAUUCAGGGCUUCGCACUGGCGGCCGGCAUUGUCGCCGUCGCAGGCACAGUCGCGAUGAGACGGUUCUCCAAGCUGCUGAGCUUCGGGAACGGACUCACCCAGUUCCCGCCUCACAUGAAGGCGUCGACGCUGCCCAAGCCCGAUCCCCUCCUCCAGCGCGGCUGGCUCGACCCGGUUCACUGGCAGUCUUUACCUCUGGCAAAGAAGGAGCUCCUCGCGCCAAGCGUGUACCGGCUGACGUUCACGCUCCCGACACCGACCACGGUGCUGGGCCUGCCGACCGGACAGCACGUCUCCAUCCGUGCCGAGAUGGACGGCAAGAGCGUCUCGCGGUCCUACACGCCCGUGUCCAACAACUCGGACCUCGGCGUGCUGGUCCUCGUCGUGCGCUGCUACCCGGACGGCCUCCUGACGGGCCGGUACCUGGCAAAUCUCGAGGUCGGCGACGAGGUGCAGUUCCGCGGGCCCAAGGGCGCCAUGCGCUACCACCGCAACUCGUGCAAGCGCAUCGGCAUGCUGGCGGGCGGCACCGGCAUCACGCCCAUGUUCCAGCUGAUCCGGGCCAUCUGCGAGGACAGGUGGGACACCACCGAGGUGAGCCUCGUCUACGCCUGCAGGAAUGAGGGCGACAUCCUGCUGCGCAAGGAGCUCGAGGCCUUUGCCAGGAAAUACCCCCAGAACCUCAAGGUGCAUUACCUGCUAGACGAGGCGCCGGCCGAGUGGAAAUACGGCGUCGGCCACGUCACGGCCGAUAUCAUCGCUGAGCGUUUCCCACAGCCGGCGCCGGGGGCCAAGAUCAUGAUCUGUGGCCCGCCUGGCAUGGUAGGUGCUGCCAAGAAAAUGCUUGCAGGCCUCGGCUUUGAGCAGCCAGGGGCGAUUUCCAAGAUGGAUGAUCAAGUAUUCUGCUUUUAA